UUGAAGGAUUUUGAGGGAUUAGGGAUUCAAGAGGUAGAAAUUGAGUAGAAAUGAAUUGAAAAAUAAACUGAAAAAAGAAGGCUGUUGAACGUGAAAUACUUGUCAUUUUUUAGUCUUUUUUAUUUUGAAAAGGGUAUUUUAGUCUUUUUAUUCUAUUGAUAUCAUUAAUUCAUUUAUGCAUUUAGAUUAUUUUGUAUUGCAUUUAUUACUUACGAAAACAAACUAUGAAGAUUUUAUUGGCCCCACAAUCAUGAUUCCUAAAAUCAUAUUAGCACUAUUUUUUGUUAGACUAAUAUUAGAACUAUUUAAACACAUUUACAUACCUUAAAUCUUUGGAACCUAGUCCCUAUCCAAUUAAAGAUUAAAAUUGGUGCACCAAAAAAAAAUAAAAAAAAAUUAAAAUUGCACCUUAAUUUCUACGCAAUAAUAAUGAACAAAUUUAGCUAAUUCAACCCAAAUUCAUCAACAUUCAAAAUAUACAUAGGUAUUUGAUCAAUGAACAAAGAAAAAGAUGCACAUAAUGAUGAAUGCAAUCAUAUUAGCGCGCACGGCGGCACGUUGUUUGGGGGCGGUGGAUUCGGCGGAAGUAAGGCGGUUGCCGUUCGGGUCAAUGUGGUGGAUAAUAUACGCAGCAAUAUCAUUUAUGAUGGUACUUUUUGCGGGUAUAAUGUCGGGUCUUACUCUUGGGUUGAUGUCUCUUAGUCUUGUUGACCUUGAAAUUCUCCAACGUAGUGGUGAUGUUUCUGAGAAAAACCAAGCUGCUGCCAUUCUUCCUGUUGUUCAGAAGCAACAUCAGUUGCUCGUCACCUUGCUUCUAUGCAAUGCUUGUGCUAUGGAGGCCCUUCCUUUAUACUUGGAUAAGCUUGUGAAUCAAUUUUUGGCUAUAGUUCUUUCAGUAACUUUUGUUCUAUUCUUUGGAGAGGUUAUUCCUCAAGCUAUAUGCACCAGAUAUGGACUUGCUGUUGGUGCAAAUUUUGUCUGGCUUGUGCGUAUAUUGCUGAUAAUUUGCUACCCAAUUGCAUAUCCAAUUGGCAAGGUACUAGACUAUUUGUUGGGACAUAACGAGGUUCUUUUCAGGCGUGCUCAAUUGAAAGCACUUGUUAGCAUUCAUAGCAAGGAGGCUGGCAAAGGGGGUGAUCUUACCCACGACGAAACAACAAUCAUCAGUGGUGCUCUCGAUUUGACCGAGAAGACUGCCAAGGAAGCAAUGACACCAAUUGAGUCAACAUUCUCAUUAGAUGUUCAUUCCAAGUUAGACUGGGAAGCAAUGGGAAAAAUUCUAGCAAGGGGCCAUAGUCGUGUUCCUGUAUAUUCUGAAAAUCCAAAAAACAUUAUUGGUCUAUUGUUGGUGAAAAGUCUGCUUACUGUUCGGGCAGAAACAGAGACCCCUGUCAGUGCUGUUUCCAUCCGCAGAAUUCCUAGGGUACCUUGUGAUAUGCCUCUCUAUGACAUUUUAAAUGAGUUCCAAAAAGGAAGUAGUCAUAUGGCCGCAGUUGUAAGGACUAGAGCCAAAAGCAAGAGCCCAACUAGAAACCAUGAAGAGGAACCAAGGAACUACAAUAAUGCCACAACUGAGGAUUCUGCAUUAACAACUCCCUUGCUUCCAAAGGAAGAAGAGAGCUCGGAAAAGACCGUCAUUGACAUCGAGAAGACUUGGAAGGCUAUCACUAUGAAUGGGCAAGCUGCCACAAAUUUUCCAUCUAAUGUUGAAGAUGGUGAGGUCGUUGGUAUAAUUACCCUCGAGGAUGUGUUUGAAGAACUUUUACAGGAGGAAAUUGUUGAUGAGACAGAUGUAUAUGUUGAUGUGCAUAAUCAGAUUCGUGUGGCUGCUGCAGCUGCUGCUUCUUCGAUUGCACGAGCCCCUUCAAUGAGAAGGCUGAACAAGGUUGGGUCAAAUAAUCAAGGACACAAUCGGCGGAAGUCUUCUAAUGUGGAAAAUUGUCUCUCACAAUUGCUUUACGACUCAAGCAUGGAAAAUUCUGCCUCGUCGACACCACAUAAGUCUUGUACAGAGGUUUCUGUCUCAAUGAGAUUACAUGAAACUACUACUGAACCUUCUCUUGAAACUAAAAAAUGA